GAUGAGACCAAAGAGAAGCUGCAAGCAUUUUGGAAACACAUCGCGUACCUCAUUAUUGACAAAGUGUCAAUGAUCUCGAAGAGCUUCUUCACGCUCUUGUCGCGGCAGAUCAGUAUCGGAAAGGAGAAGUCCAGAGUUCCAUCCAAGGCCCUAUUCUACCCGACCAACCUCAUGAUAGACUCGGUCGACAGCCAGAUCGGUCGGAGUAUCUAUGAGGAGUUCGUCAAUGUGGUCAUCUUGCAAGAGCAGAUGCAGGUGACAGACCCUGUAUGGCGAGACUUUUUGGAGCAUCUCCGAUAUGGCCGGGUUCAAAAGUGGCACCUGAUGAUGUUACAUCAGCUCGUUAUCACCAGCCCACAUUGUCCGGAAACUGACUUUCAGUCAUUGCCUUGGAGCGAUGCUUCUCUUGUAAUGCCACGCCAUGCUAUGCGACAGUUGUGGAACGAUUCAGCCAACCGCAAACACUGUCGAGGGACAAGCAGUCAAUUAUAUAUAUGCGAGGCAGAAGACUCUAUCAAGAAGCGAAAGCUCACUAUACGAGAACAUUAUGCCGUUGCAGGUCGAAGAUACACUGAGGACGGCUGCCGUAAGCGCAACCAAAAGAACGAGCUUCCUGCGAGGGUGGAGAUUGCUGUUGGAAUGAAAGUCAUGGUGACUUCGAAUGUGGAGACAGACUUGGACAUCACCAAUGGUGCCCGGGGAGUUAUCACUGACAUUAUCUUGCAUCCUGACGAGCCACCAAUCGACCCAAGCGCACCGAUAGUGAAGCUGCAGCAUCUUCCAGCAUAUAUACUCGUGAAGCUGAACCAGACGCGUGCC